CCCUGAAGGUCUCUCCCGACUUCGUCCUGGUGGUCCUGAGCUGUGCACUGGGCCUUAGAAAUCCCUCAUUCAUCAAUUUGCUUGCAAAGGUCUAACCAGAGCGUGCAAAUAUGCUUGGCGCCAAGCUUCUCAUCCUCGCCGUCGGUGUCCUAGCCGCUGUCACGGAGGCCGCGGGUACCUGUCCGUCCAUCGAAAACAACGUCGACUACAGCGGUGCUGACGUUGGCAGCGCUCGCAGUUCUUCGGCCAACGGAUGCUGCUCGAUUUGUUCCAGCACGAACGGAUGUGGCGCAUUCACGUGGACGAACUACAACGGCGGUACUUGUUGGUUGAAGCAGUCCAAGGGCACGGCUAAGUCCAGCAACGGUGCUGUGUCGGCUGUCCUGCAGACAUCUUCGGCUUCGGGAACUUGCCAGACUAUUGAAAACAACGUCGACUACAGCGGUGCUGACGUUGGCAGCGCUGCCAGUUCUUCGGCCAACGGAUGCUGCUCGAUCUGUUCCAAGACGAACGGAUGUGGCGCAUUCACGUGGACGAACUACAACGGCGGUACCUGUUGGCUCAAGAAGUCUAAGGGCACGGCUAAGGCCAGCAGCGGUGCUGUGUCCGGCGUUGUCCAGGCGUCGUCGACGUCCUCGUCCGCCACCUGUCCGUCUCUGGAGAACAACGUCGACUACAGUGGCUCUGACGUCGGCAGCGCUCGCAGCUCGUCGGCCAGCGGGUGCUGCAAUAUCUGCUCCAACAACAACGCCUGUGGUGCCUUUACAUGGACCAACUACAACGGCGGCCAGUCCUGGUUCCAUCUCCAGUACCGUGCAGAAGUCCACCCAGCCGUCGACUCCCACGUCGCCUUCGUCCGUCGACCCGGCCAACGCUCAGUACUCGCUGUCGGCCUUCGCUAUUGGUGA